AUGGCCCUUGGCAAUCUUCUCCCUGGCCUUCUGAUUCUGCUGGACUAUUUGGCGACAACGGCUUUGGCCUACCAAGUGUCCAUCAAAGAGACUGAAAUGUAUCCUUUCAACUGCUCUGACCAGAUCAAAACCUGCAAUGCCUUCCUGUACCAUUACGACGUCGGCCUCCAGGAGGAUCAGAUUGCCGCCUACUACUCGGUGAACCCCUCCCAGAUCAAACCCAUCAAGCACGGGAACCGACGAGACUACCUCAUCAGCGUGCCCUGCUCUUGCCAGAGUGCUGGGAACACCACCGCCUACUUCCACAACACGUCCUACAAGGUCGAACAAGGCGACAUCUUCGUCAACGUCUCGGCGCGGGUCUACAGCGGGCAAGCUUGGAGUGUUGGAGAUGAAGCAAAGAAUUUCAUCCCGAAUGCCUCGGUCCCCAUGUAUCUUCCAUGCGGGUGUGUGAAGAAAGACUCUCAGACCGUGGUGACGUACACGGUUCAGCAGGACGACACGCUGACUGAUAUCGCCAACCUGUUAUCUGCUGAACUGAGCAGCAUCCAGAGCAUGAACCCGAACCUAAUACAGAACUCUGACUCCAUAGGCCUGGGUUGGGUAUUGUUUGUGCCUAUGGAGAAUAACGGAAUCCCAUUGCCUAAGAAAGGGAUAAAGCACAAGUGGACCAUAGUUGUUGGCACAUUAUCGGCUGUCUUGCUGAUUUUGGUGCUAGCAUUGAUCUUCAUUCUUGGAAGAAAACUGUCAUGCCAAGACGGUGACGAAGACCCAAAAGCUGUAUCCAAAACCCUGAGCGCUAACAAGGCCCAUUCCUUCCAUAACCAGUAUCUGCAUAAGGAAAACAAGGAAGACAUCCCGAUUUUUGAAUCAGAAAGGCCUCUGAUAUACAGCCUUGAGGACAUUGAGAUCGCUACUAGUAACUUCGAUGAGACGAAGAAGAUUGGGGAGGGUGGAUACGGGAGCGUGUACUUUGGAGUUUUAGGUGAACAGGAGGUGGCCAUAAAGAAGAUGAGAUCUAGCAAGUCCAAGGAGUUCUUCGCUGAGCUCAAAGUCUUGUGCAAGAUCCACCACAUCAAUGUGGUGGAGCUGCUAGGAUAUGCCAGUGGAGAAGACCACCUCUACUUGGUUUAUGAAUAUGUUCAGAAUGGGGCGCUUAGUGAUCACCUGCACGAUCCUUUGCUUAGAGGUAGGCAGCCCCUGUCUUGGACAGCAAGAACACAAAUAGCAUUGGAUGCCGCAAAAGGUCUCGAGUACAUCCAUGACCACACAAAGGAUCGUUAUGUGCACCGUGACAUAAAGACGAGCAAUAUUCUGCUUGAUGAGGGGCUCCGAGCGAAGGUAGCAGAUUUCGGGUUGGCAAAGUUUGUUGGUCGAAGCAAUGAAGAGGAUCUCAUAGCUACACAACUUGUAGGAACGCCGGGCUACCUUCCUCCUGAAUCUGUGAAGGAGCUGCAGGUGACUCCAAAGGCUGACGUCUUUGCAUUUGGAGUGGUUCUAGCAGAGCUAAUAACCGGCCAACGUGCACUUAUCCGCGACAACCAAGAGCCCACCAAAUUGAAAUCCUUAAUCACAGUUAUGAAUAAAAUUUUCCGACACAAAGAUCCAGAAGCAGCACUAGAAGCUGUGGUGGAUGGAACUCUUCGAGGUAGCUAUCCAAUGGAGGACAUGUACAAGAUGGCAGAAAUUGCAGAAUGGUGUCUGAGCGAGGAUGCCGUGGACAGACCGGAAAUGCGGGAGAUCGUAGUGACACUGUCUCGAAUCUUGAUGUCCUCAACAGAGUGGGAAGCAUCUUUGGGAGGAAAUGGCCAGGUUUUUAGCGGCAUUUUCAACGGAAGAUAA